UAAAAAAAAUUGAAAAGUUUUUGGUGUGGUAACAUAAACUAGUAAAAUUGAUAUGGAAUGCUAAAGUUUUGAUGUGGUAACAUAAACGGUUAACAAUGUAGCUGCCCGACUACUCUUUUGACUUAAUCAAUGAGUUGUUUUUUGGAUUAUAACAAGUCGACGGAUAUUAGCAAACAAUAUUCUUGUAAUAUUAUUAUCUACAUUCUAGUUGAGACGACCCGAUCGUAAAUAAUGUUCAUUUUCAUAAAAUAUAUAAAAACUACAAAUUAAGAGGCGUUAAGGGUCGGAUUGACGUGACAUGGUGUUAUUUUGUGCCAUUUAAUAACUGGUCAAAUGUCAAUGCUGUUGAUUUAAUCAAAGCUCAAAACCAUAUAAUAUUGCUAAUUAUAAUAUUUUAAUUUUAACUGCCACACAAUUAGUUAAUGUCUUUUUCCACCUUUUAGCUUUUUAUUAGUCCUCCUGAAGUGGGAAUGAUUAGGCUCGCGUCAGGACCAAACCCCAUUGAUCCUUCUCUAUCUCUCGUUCACUAAUACAAAGAGAUCCGUAUCAUCAGGUUAGAUCCUCUUUGCAUUUUGAUUUUCAUUAUGUUCAUGUUUCUCCAUCAUACGUGUUAUUGAAUUGAACAAGGCAGGGCUCCUACUACUUUCAAGUUUCUCUCCACGAACGAAGUUUACGCUUUGAAGCUGUCCUCCUUAGAGAUUAAAGAUUUUUCACCAAACAUGAGUGCUCACCAACUUGAGGAUGAUUCUCAGCAAGAUAACAAGGUUAGCAAAUUGAAAUCUGCGUUAGGACCACUCUCAGGACAUAGUUUAGUUUUCUGCUCUGAUGCUUCCUUGAGGAGAUACUUGGAUGCUCGUAGCUGGAAUGUCGAAAACGCCAAGCAAAUGAUUGAGGAGACACUUAAAUGGAGAUCAACAUACAAGCCUCAUGAGAUCCCUUGGCAUGAAGUAGCACAUGAAGGUGAGACUGGAAAAGUUUCAAGAGCUAGUUUUCAUGAUCGUCAAGGUAGGACUGUGCUUAUAAUGAGACCAGGUUUACAGAACACAACAUCAGCAGAAGGUAAUAUCAGGCACUUGGUGUAUCUUCUUGAAAACGCAAUCAUUAAUCUUCCCAAAGGACAAGAGCAAAUGUCUUGGCUCAUAGAUUUUACUGGUUGGUCCAUGGCUAAUAACGCUCCCAUGAAAACAACAAGAGACAUUAUCUACAUUCUACAGAAUCAUUACCCUGAGAGACUCGGUAUGUCCUUUCUCUACAAUCCCCCAAGACUUUUCCAAGCAGGCUACAAGGCUGUUAAGUACUUCUUGGACCCAAGAACAGCUCAAAAGGUGAACUUCGUGUACCCAAAAGACAAAGCAAGUGAUGAACUGAUGAGAUCACACUUUGAUAUGGAGAAUCUCCCCAAGGAGUUUGGUGGAGAAGCAACACUAGAGUAUGACCAUGAGGAAUUCUCAAGACAAAUGUUUGAAGACGAUCUCAAAACCGCAAAGUUCUGGGGGUUAGAAGAGAAACAGUAUCCGAUACCAAACGGUUUCUCUCCAGCCGAUGUUGUUCCUGAACCGGCCACUUCUCUUGCAUCAGUAGCUAACUGAGAGUUGAAUCUGCAUAUAAA